CCAAAUUCCUUCCAUUUCUAGCCUGCCUAACUUGGAAACAAAGUACAAAUUUUGUGAUGAAGAAAUAGUGAGAUGUCAGGACCACAGUGCUUUAACAAUCCACCAACCCUCAGCUCAACAACUGGAUCUGGGAGCCUACAAGAGAUUGCAGGCAUUAAGACUUAUGUUUCUGGUUCACAAGAUUCCAAGCUUGCCAUCCUUAUGAUUUCUGAUGCCUUUGGUUAUGAAGCACCAAACUUGAGGAAGCUCGCGGACAAGGUUGCCGGCGCCGGAUUCUUGGUGGUGGUUCCCGAUCUGUUUUACGGCGAUCCGUUUGACCACCAAAAAUAUGCCACCGCAGUUCAGUCGUGGCUGGCGGCUCAUCCACCGAGCAGAGGAUGCGAUGAUGCGAGAACAUUAGUUGAAACCUUGAAGAACAUGGGAGUUUCCUCCGUAGGGGCCACUGGAUUUUGUUGGGGAGGGAUGGUGGUUGCAAAAUUGGCUAAAUCAGAUUGCAUUGGAGCUGCAGUUAUCUUGCAUCCCGGUAAAAUUUCAGUAGAGGAGAUUGAAGAGGUGAAGGUUCCAACGGCCAUACUUGGUGCAGAGUUUGAUCAUAUAUGCCCGGUAGAGCUGAUUAAACAACUGGGCGAUGCUUUAUCUGCAAAGCCUGAGAUUGAUAGCUUCGUGAAGGUAUUCCCUGGAGUAAAACAUGGAUGGACAUUGCGAUACGACGACAAGGAUGAAGAAGCUAUCAAAGUUGCAGAAGAGGCUCACUCGGAUAUGCUCAACUGGCUAACCAACUACAUCAAGUGACAAACUUACAAUCGUUAUAUCAUGGAUUAUGAUCCAUUUUACAAGGUAGAUCACUAAAAUAAAGUUUAUUUUUAGUAUAUUAAAUAUUUAAGGAUUUGA